AUGGCGGACAAAGAAGGCUAUCUCGCAAAGCCAUCAGGCGACUGCUGCUUGAAAGGCUCACUUCACGAGGGGAAGCCCAGAGGCCGCACCGAGACGGUCGCCGGCGUCGAGACGUACAUCUCCACUCCGCAGGGCAAGAACAAUGGCAACAUCGUGCUCUACUUCCCUGAUGUAUGGGGCUUCUUCAACAACGGGUUCCUGGUCAUGGAUGGAUUUGCGGAUGCUGGCUAUACCUGUAUAGGGUUGGAUUAUUUCCGAGGGGACCCUGUGUGGAAACAUCGUAAGAAUCGCGAUGACCCAGCCCCAGGGUUUAAUUACGAGGCGUGGAAGAAGAAACAUAUCGCGUUCGCAGACGAGGUCGUUCCGGGCUGGGUUGAGGCUGUCAAGGCUCAGUUUGGCUCACCAACAACGAAAUAUGCGUGUGUAGGGUACUGUUUCGGGGCCCCAUAUGUCUGCAACGAGUUGGCCAGAGAUAUCUGUACUGCAGGCGCAUUCGCACACCCAGCAUUCCUGAAGGAGACGCAUUUCCGGCUGCUGAAAAAACCUUUGUUCCUGUCUUGUGCCGAGACAGAUCACACCUUUGGCACGGAAGCACGCAACGAAGCGGUCAAGAUCCUCCAGGAAGGCAGGAAGCCGUACAAUUUGCAGUUGUUUUCGGGUGUUGAACACGGGUUCGCGCUUCGUUGCAACCUGGACAACCCCUAUGAACGUUAUGCGAAAGAAGAGAGCCUGAGAGCGAUCGUUCAGUGGUUCAAUUUCUGGCUGUCACAGUAA